AUGUCUUCUCAAGCUUUCGGUGCGUUUAUUGAUGUGGACUCUUCCCAGCCAAAAACGGAACAACACGCAAUACCAGCGGCCCCAAAAAAUGUGCUCCCACGAGUGUACCAUUCGGCUCCUUAUCCGAUAGAUGUUUUGGAACUUGAUAAUCUUCAGUGGGGACAGAAGCGUAGCAGCCCUUCUGACCCGGGGGCUACUCCUCCAACGGGCACACAGUCCCCUAGGCUCCUCAACGACCCUGAGAUGAGCAGGCCUCCAAGUCCAGAACAUGAAUUCGAAGGCGUGGAUGUCGUGCAGAGUUUCUCCAACCCACCCAUGAAUAGAUACAGAAUGCUCGCUGUCUGCAUGAUGCAGUUUGGAAAUGGGCUGAACGAUUCGGCCCCCGGUGCGCUGAUUCCUUAUAUGGAAAAACAUUAUAAUAUUGGCUAUGCCAUUGUAUCGCUUAUUUUCGUCACAAAUGCUGCCGGAUUUAUCUUGGCUGCUUUUUUUGUUGAUGCUAUUCGUGCUCGCAUAGGCAGAGCUAAAACGCUUAUGAUUGCACAAACUCUCAUCACUUGUGGAUAUAUAAUGAUCGCUUGCUCGCCACCCUUCCCUGCCAUUGUCGCAGCAUUCUUCUUGCUGGGACUAGGCAUGGCAUUCACUUUGGCUAUGGGACAAGUCUUUGCAGCUAACUUGCAGAAUGGAACGGGCAUGCUAGGUAUAAUGCAUGGCACUUAUGGGAUUGGUGGGACGGUGGGACCUCUUAUAGCAACUGCCAUGAUUAGUCCUGGUGUCCUCAUAUGGACUCGAUUCUACCUAAUUCCCUUAGGCAUAGCGGUCGCCAACCUUGGAUUCGCAGGUUGGUCAUUCUGGCACUAUGAAGCAGAAUCUGGCCAGCCGCUUCGCACGCCCUUGGCACCAGCUAUUGCUACCGGCCAGGAUGCCUCAGCUUCUCAAAUCAAGCCGCCAGGACAGUUCGCCAGCCUAUCAACAGCGCUUAAAUCGAAGACCGUCAUUCUGGGCGCAAUGUUUGUCUUCGCAUACCAAGGAGCUGAAGUGUCUAUUUCUGGAUGGGUGAUUUCUUUCCUUAUCAAUGCUCGUCACGGAAACCCUGCUACUGUUGGAUAUGUAACCGCUGGGUUCUGGGCAGGUAUCACGCUCGGACGAUUCCUACUCUCUCAUCCGGCCCAGAAAAUAGGAGAGAAGGUUUUCGUCUACGUCGUUGUUGUUGGAGCUGCAGUCUUCGAAUUGCUCGUAUGGCUAGUUCCUAACGUCAUUGGAAACGCCGUGGCUGUGGCUAUUGUUGGAUUAUUGCUCGGACCGGUCUUCCCCUGCGCAACUAUUGUUUUCUCCAGAGCAAUCGGACGGAAGGAACAAGUCAGUAGUUUGAGCGUUAUUAGUGCAUUUGGAAGCUCUGGCGGUGCUGUUGCUCCAUUUACAACUGGUAUCUUAGCUCAGGCUGUGGGUACUUUUGUGUUGCAUCCUAUUGCCAUUGGACUGUUUGGCGUUAUGUUGAUCUGCUGGUUCUGCCUGCCCAAUCCUAGGAAGAGGGCCGAGUAG